CGAUUCACACUAAAGAGGUAAAAUCUGCUUUUUCUACUAUCACAGAUUCUUCUUCUACUCAACUUCCUUUGUCUUCUAAGAGAAAUGUCUAGCGGCGACUCAACGAUGAACACGGCCAGGGAGAUCGCCGGUGACAAGGUUGAUUCGAAGGAUGUUGAGGCAACAACAACAAAAGGAGAUAUCGAGUCCCAGAUUCUCGCGGCUAUGCAGUCCCGAGUAACCUACCUCAGAGAUAAAGCAGACAGCCUCACCUGUGAGAGUGUGCGGAGGUUGCUGGAGGAGGAUCUGAAAUUGGAGAAACAUGCUUUGGAUGUGCAUAAGAGCUUUGUUAAACAACAUUUGGUUCAGUGCUUAGAAGGUGCUGAGAAUGAUGAUACUUCAGAAAAUUCUCAAGAAACUGAGAAGAAAGAUGAUGUAACUCCAUUGAAAGAGGCAGCAAAGUUAUCGGAAGAGCACAAGGUGAAAAAAGAUGUCAAGGCAGAUAUGACUGGUGAUGAUGACAAAACAGAAGAUUCUCCUGUGAUGGGACUUCUGACAGAUGACAACACGUCCAAAUCUAUAGCUGAGCAAACAAAAGAUGAGGAGAGCAAAGAGGUCCUUCAGAGUGACAUAAAGAAAGCCCUUCGUAAAAGGUCUUCUUAUAUUAACGCUAAUUCUGAGAAAAUUACAAUGGGUUUACUUCGUCGACUUUUGGAGCAAGAUCUUAAAUUAGAAAAGUAUUCUCUUGACCCCUACAAGAAAUUCAUUAAUGAAGAAUUAGAUGAAGUACUACAAGCUCUUGAAACUACAAAACCUAUAAGUAAGGCUAUGGCUCCGAAGAAAACUACAAAACGUAUGACUAAGGAUAUGGCUCGGAAGACAACUGUAACCAGGAAUGUCAAGAGUACACCAGCUAAAAAUUCAGACAAUGAAGAAAUGUCUGAUUCAGAUGGUGAAGACGAGGAGGAGGACAUGGAAGUAGCUGUGAAAAAGAAGACGGCUGAGAAAAGAAAGUCAUCAAAGUCAGAGGGAACCGGAAAGAGGAAACGUGAAAAGGAGAAAGUUUCAUCUCUGAAGAAGACAAAACAAACAGAUUCACAGAGCGACAGUGAUGCAGGAGAAAAGGCAUCAUCUUCAGAAAAAUCUGUGAAGAAACAGGAAACUCCAACGACUGGCUACGGCAGGCGUGUUGAGCAUCUUAAAUCUAUCAUAAAAUCUUGUGGAAUGAGUAUUUCUCCAUCGGUUUACAGGAAAGCCAAGCANGUUGGUUUAGUUAUUUUGGUAUGA